AUGAUCCUUCAGAAACAGCAAGUAAAAGUGCGGGAUAUUGCUGCCGAGAUGAAUAUCAGGGUCGGGUGUGUUGAGACAAUCAUUCACGACAACUUACGCUUCCACAAAAUCUGUCCAGGGUGGGUUCCCCAUCAGCUGACAUAUGAACAGAAGUGGUCACGCAUGACGGUCUGUAAACAGCUUCUGAAUAGGUUUCGAGCCGAAAGUGUUGAACUGUUGCAAUCCAUCAUCACGAGUGAUGAUGGUUGCAAAUGGUUGUACAAUUCAACCCCAAAGACCAAACGAAGCAGCAUGGAGUGGUUGCAUAAAGGUUCCCCGCAGCCCAAGAAAAGCAAAAAGCAACAGUCCGCUGGAGAGAUCAUGGCAAGUGUCUUCUGGGACAUGAAGAAUGUUAUCCAUGUGGAUUUUCUGGACAAAGAGAGCACAAUUAAUGCCCAGUAA